AUACUAUUACGCUUUCUAGCUUGACGAUAACUAUUACUCUUAUCAUCAUACGUCUACUCAAAGUAAUGGAAUCAUCUCUUGCGCAGCAAAGAUCCGCUAUAAGACAAUUAUGGGCUAAUAACGUACGAAAACCAAAAGUUCUUUCUGAAAUGACAGGUGUUCCGUUGUCUACUGUAUACAGAUAUGUUGCCCAAUUAAAAAAAUAUGGCAAGUUAGAACCACUUCCUCGCUCAGGAAGGCCUAGAAUAUUGAGUCCGAAAAAACGACGUCAACUAGGUCGUAUGGUUCAAGCAGAUAAUUAUACAAACAGCCAAGAGCUUGCCACAAAACUCAUUGAAUCUAACCCCGGUUUGAAUGUCUCACGAAGUACAAUAUCCAGAGAGCUUUCUCGGCUUCAUUGGAAG